AUGGCUCCAGCAGCAUCGAGUGCGCUGACGCAGGCGCCCGGCUUCGGGCGGCGGGUGCUGGUGGCCGCAACAGCCUGCGGAAUCGCCGCCUUUGCAGUCCGCGGAGCAGCCACGCGGAUUCAGAACGCCUUGUUGUACCAUCCACGGGCCAUUCCGGGAGACUGGUACUACGAAAAAGCUAUUGCAGAGAUGUCCCUCAGAUUGCAGCUCCAAGGGUACAAAAUCAAGGAACUUGAUUAUGUUGCGCAGAAGCGACAGCAAAAGGCCUUGUUCGUUCGCCCCGAAGAGAUGGCGGGUUGCCCUUUGUGGUUGGUGUUUGGUGGAAAUGCCAUGGUUUCAGCCGACUGGCUGCCCUUCUGUGAGGCUGCCGUGUCGAUGAAGGCCACGAGUGCCAUGCCAUGCUUCCUGCUGAUCGACUACCCUGGCUUUGGCUUCAACAGCGGAGAGCCCUCUCCCGCCGCCGCCCUGGAGUCUUCCAGGCAAGCAUUGGCACAGCUGCUAAGUGAGCUUGGGCAAAAGUCGCCAGAAUCGAUCAACCUACUCGGGCACAGCUUGGGGGCAGCUGCUGCAUCACAGCUUGCAGCAAGCCUUUCCAGGUCUGAUGAGUAUGCAAAAGUGCAACCUGGGCGUCUGCUUCUGUCUUCUCCGUUUCUCAGCGUCGACGAAAUGGCAGCAGUUUUGUUCGGUGGUCUCUUGCCUCGAUGGCUUUUGCGGGCAUUGGUGACCCACAGAUGGAACAAUGCCGCGACUGUACCUGAUGCAGCUACUGCGGGCUGGCAGGUUUCGAUAGUUCACCCGCCGGACGAUGAGAUCGUCCCAUUUAAGCACGGGGAGGAGCUGCAAAGCUCAGUUCGAGCUUUGGGCAGGGAGUGCGAGCUGCUGCGGCCAAAGGGGUGCGGCCACAACGAUGUUCUCUUCGCUGCGAUGCCUACGUACGUCAAGCUGAUGGGGCUGAGCCGGUUGUAG